AUGUCACGACGGUCAGAUCCGCUUGAUUGCAAAGUGUACGUUGGAGGCUUGCCACAGGAUGCUACAUCUCAGGAGCUUGAAGAUGCAUUCAAUCGUUUUGGCCGCAUACGUAAGGUUUGGGUUGCCCGGCGUCCUCCAGGAUUUGCGUUUGUGGAAUUUGAAGAUGCCCGUGAUGCUGAGGAUGCCGUAAAAGCAUUGGAUGGGACAAGAAUUUGUGGGGUACGCGCUCGCGUGGAAAUCUCACAUGGUCGUCGUCGAAACGGCGGUUAUGGUGGCGGUGGAGGUGGUGGAGGUGGUGGUUAUUACGAGGGUGGCCGUCGACGUUCAAGGUAUUUGGAAACGAAAAGAGUAAGUUAUUUUAGCCCAUCCAUGCGGUUACCACUACUAUUGUUACCACAGCCAUUACUACUACUACUAUUGCUACUACCACUACUAUCACAACUCAUCUCAACAUCAGCACCUACUUCAUCUGCUUUUCAACUACUACUAUCAGUUCUACCAUUACCUAACGAAUAUCUUCAUAGAAGCAUUACGACUUUUUCAUCGCUUCAUCGGUUUUCGUCGCCUACACGUUUGUCUGCAACAAACAUGCAGCAGCAGGAAAUUUCCUGCAUGAAGUCGCCAUACUAUCGGAGGACACGUAGCCGUUCCAUCACACCACCACCACGUAAAUCGCCUCGAUAUGACGAAAGACGGAGUAUGAGCAGAAGCCUAAGCAGGUAA